AGGCUGACGCAGCAGCACGAGAUCAACGGAAUGCCGCCAGCACGGAGUCCCUGAUUCAUAGUGAGAAUCAGUGGACAACCUUCCUCCAAGGCAUGGUCUUUGUGCCUUCGGACGUGCAGGCGGAUCAGACACCGGCGGAGGCAGAGAGGACUCACCUGGCUAACUUGAUGCUGGGCAUGAUGAGAGGAAUCAUGUGGAAUAACACACUGCUGCAGGCACAUCUGCGCACGGAACAACAGCAAAGACAGAAGUACCAGCAAGACAUUGCUGUUUUAACGGCUGCCAUCCGCGCCGAAGCUUCACAGCAGCAGCAACAGCAGCAGUUGUUGAACUCCGCUCUCGCACGCAUCAACAACAUUGAGGCUAUGGCCUCAGCAGCGCCAGGCUGCACGACGGACGCGGCGAAGCAGCUCAACGAGCGCAUCGAUCACGUCGUCACUAUCAUCGGCGAGUUAGGCGAUUUCACCAGCCCGGCCACAAUCAGCAGCACGGUGGCCGCCAUCAAGACGGACAUCACCAAGCUGCAGACGAGACCGGACGCCGGUACGAAGACUUACAAGAUGCCGCACUUCGACAUCAGCAAGUUCGACGACUACAACAAGUCGGACGCCUUGACAUGGUGGCAAUGUUUCCUCACGGAAGCAUCAUGCCGCACUGUCCCGGCGGACGACAUGAUGAAGGCGCUCUACUUACAACUGAUUGGAGGAGCGCAGGCAUGGUUGAAUCAUCUGGCGGCUACCAAGAAAUGCACCAUCGCCGAACUCCACACGCACAUUCCGUGGAAGGAGUUCGAGAAGCUAUGGCUCACCCGGUUCAUGGUUCGCAACGUCGUGAAGGCAGCCAUGAACGAGGUGUACACCUGCUCUCAAGGUAGUAUGCCAACUCGAGACUGGACAACUAAGUGGCAGAAGAUAGUGACCACGCCAGGCUUCGAUUUGAGUUUUACCAAUCAACGAUCCGAGUUCUUCUCGCGAUCGUGCGCAGGACUGCGAUCGGCAAUCGGCAACGAGUACGAUUAUGAUUCAUUCCAGGCCAUUCUGGAUCGGGCGAACUUAGUCAUCCAGACGGAUGACAAGGCCACAAACGAACGGCAGUCCCAGCCGCAUUAUGUGGCUAAGCAGGGCUAUCAACAACCGACACACAACAAUGUCGUGAUUUCUGAAGAAACAGUCGAUCUCCACACUGCAGCAGCAUCCUCGAGUGAUGGAGAAAUUGUAGCAGCGCUCCCGCCGAAGCGUCCCAAGAGAGUUCAGAAGAACAAGCCGACACAAGAGACGGCAUCGACGGGAACUGGGCCGCAACCAUGGACGGCUUACAAGAUAACCAAGGAUGUCUAUGACCUCCGUCAAAAGUACGGAUACUGCCUUUGGUGCAACGGCGUCAUGCAUUUGACCGCACAAUGCCCUGAAAAGGGCAAGACACGCGUAUCCCGUCUUGGCCCGCGCGUUCGAAGGAAGACGCAACCCACGCAAGUUACACUCGCGGACGGCCGCACGCAAAAGUCGAUUGACCGAUGCGUCGACGGCGUUCCGGUAUACUUUGCGCCACUUGCGUCCGAGCCGGUGUCUUUUGACAUCCUCGACACCAAGUUCGACAUGAUUCUAGGCAUGUCUUGGUUGCGUAGCGCCGAUCAUCCGGUGAACUUCCAUGACCGAAUCGUUCACAUCCGUGAUCGGAACGGAGUGUUAGUCCCAUGUACGGUUGCGACCCCUCACACUUCGAUUGCUUGUCACGUGGUUUCCGUUGCGAGAAUUCGCGACGCCAUAGCUUGGAAUGACGUCGAGGAGAUCGGCCUUGUAUUCUUGCAUGCUCUCCCCUCGCCGGACAGACCAGCCGCGUCACCGCCGGACCCACGCAUCGCUCACCUCUUGAACGAGUAUGGAGACGUUUUCGAGGCGCCCACCGGAACGGUUUCGGAUCGGCCCAUACGUCACGGGAUCACUCUCGAGGCUGGCGUCGUCCCUACUCGUGGAUGUAUCUACCGCAUGAGCGAAGAGGAACUCGAAGUGCUUCGCGCACAACUCGAUGAUCUUCUCGACAAGGGCUGGAUUCGCCCUAGUUGCUCGUCAUACGGUGCACCUGUUCUCUUCGUCCGGAAGAAGAACAAAGAUCUACGGUUAUGCAUCGACUAUCACAAACUUAACGCACAAACCGUAAAGAACGCCGGCCCUCUCCCUCGGAUUGAUGAUCUCCUUGAGCGGUUAGGCGACGCAACGUACUUCUCGAAGUUGGACUUGAAGUCAGGUUACCACCAGAUUGAAAUCCAGCCUCAAGAUCAAUACAAGACCGCAUUCAAGACGCGGUACGGGCAUUUUGAGUGGUUUGUCAUGCCCUUUGGCCUCACCAAUGCCCCCGCAACUUUUCAAGCAACUAUGACGACUGAGUUUCGCGACUUGCUCGAUCGCAGCGUCCUCAUCUACCUCGAUGACAUCUUGUACAAAGCGAACCGCGAGAAGUGCGAGUUCGCCAAGCAAGAGCUUGAGUAUUUGGGCCACUAUGUUACGCCGAAAGGCAUUCGUCCCUUAGCGGAUAAGAUCCAAGCCAUCGUGGAUUGGCCGGAACCCCGUUGUACGACGGAUGUACGCUCUUUCAUGGGUUUGGCUGGAUACUAUCAGCGAUUCGUCGAGUCAUACUCGAAAGUGGCCACUCCUUUGUCGAGACUUCAGUCCCCGAAGGUGCCCUUCGAGUUCGACGACGCAGCCCGUGGCGCGUUCACUACGUUGAAGGCAGCAAUGCAAGUCGCAACUGCCCUCCGUAUAUACGACCCCACCCCACCCACCCAAGUGACUACGGACGCUUCGGGAUACGGCAUUGGUGCGGUGUUGGAACAGUGUCACGAGGACGGUUGGCAUCCGGUCGAGUAUUUCUCCCAAAAGGCGUUCAUCACCGUUCUCAAACGGUGGCGCCACUUUCUUCUCGGCCGUCGGCAUUUUAAAUGGAAUACGGACAACAACCCGUUGACCUUUUACAAAACGCAGGACACGGUCAUUAGCACGAUCGGUCGAUGGAUGUAUUACAUCGACCAGUUCGAUUUUGACCCGAGCCACAUUCCCGGUCCCGCCAAUCGAGCUGCGGACGCCCUCUCACGACGGCCCGACUUUUGUGCCAUUGUGACCACAGCAUUCGACCUCGAUGACGAUCUGCAGCCGCAUUUCGUCAAAGGCUACAAGUUCGAUCCGACUUACUCUACGCUAUAUGCAGAGCUCUCAUCGGAUCACCCGCCGGCUAGCCACUAUCGGAUUUCCGACGGGUUCCUUCUCCUUCACACGAGAGGAAAGGACUUGUUAGUUGUGCCCCAAGAUCGCAUCUUACGGACUCGUCUUCUCGGCGAAUUCCACGACGCACGACUUUCGGCACACCUUGGCGUGAACCGCACGUUAGCACGCCUCCGCCAGCAUUUUCACUGGCCCGACGUCCUUCAUGACGUCACGAGGUACGUUGAGUCAUGUGCAGUUUGCCACCGUAACAAGGGUCGAUCUCGAGUCCCCUUCGGCGAACUGAAACCGUUGCCGAUUCCUCGGGCACAGCGCCUCUCCAUUGCUAUGGACAUGACAGGCCCGUUCCCCCGCGAUCGCCACGGCCAUGACGGUAUUCUCACGGUCGUUGACCGUUUGAGCAAGUAUGCUCRCUUCCUUCCUUGCAAGUACCAUGCUGCAGCACCCGAGAUCGCACGACUCUUGCACACCGGUUGGAUUACCAACCARGGUGUUCCGGAAGACAUAGUGAGCGACCGAGAUACUCGCUUCAUAUCGACCUUUUGGACUUCCCUCAUGGCUGAGUCCGGUACGACUAUGAAGCCGAGCUCGGCUCGGCACCCGCAGACGGAUGGCCAGACGGAGCGAGCGCACCAGACCGCUCAGAUGAUGUUGUGUACGCUCAUCCGUCCCGACCAGAAAGAUUGGGUUGACCGGCUUCCCGACAUCGAGUUCGCCUAUAACACUUCGGUGCACCCGACGAUCUGCGUCACACCAUUCGAGCUACAUCAUGGUGGAGAGAAAGCACGGAUCUUCGCUGAUCUCCUUUUGCCACAGGCUGCCGACAUAGACGUCCCUUGCUCUUCAGCUUUCGUUCGGAAGUACCGGGACUUGCUGAUCAAAGCCCGAGCGAAUAUGCAAAAGGCUCAAAUCCGCAUGCAACAGCAAGCUAACUGACGUCGACUUCCAUGUCCUUUCCGCGAGGGAGACCUUGUUUGGGUCCUCUCCGAGGAAUUUGCGCUCGAG